ACCUACUCCGUUUCACCACCGGAGACGACGUCGUUGAAUUACAGUGCUUAACCAGUUUCAUGUUCAUCAAUCGAUCUUCGUGAUCAAUCUACUUUCCUCUUCAGGUCGCAGAGUGUUCGAACAAAGUCGUAGAUUUCUGGGUCCGUGAUAGAUACAGCCAUGAGGAAAUCGGUGAAUCGUCCGCCGACGCCGGAUGUUAUGGAGAAUCAAGGAAAAGAGCCCACUUUUCAAGAGCUUAUCAACAUCGAGUUGAUUGAGAGCGGUGAAAAAGAGAGAUUAAUGGAGCUUCUGAGGGAAAGGCUAAUAGAAUGUGGGUGGAAGGAUGAAAUGAAAGCUCUUUGCAGGGCGUUUAUAAAGAAAAAAGGGAGGAACAAUGUUACUGUGGAUGACCUUGUACAUGUAAUCACCCCAAGGGGCAGAGCCUCCAUUCCCGAUUCCAUAAAGGCGGAGCUUUUGCAAAGAAUUCGCACGUUUCUCGUAUCAGCAGCUCGUUGAUGCGCCAUCAUGGUUGCUAACCGUGACAAUAGUAGGAAUAUGAUGAUGAAGCCUUUGCUGAAUGAAACUCAUUUGAAAACUAGUUCAGCAUUGCAAAGUGCCAACAUCUGUUCAAUUGCUUGGAGGGUGGGUCAACUGUUAUUUCUGGGAAGUAAAGCUGCACGCAUGAGAAUUGUAUCAUUGUUUAUGGAAAGCAACUUAACUCACAUUUUUCCCAUGUAAUAAUAUUUAUAUAUAUUACAAUUGUUCUUGUGGUUUGUCUU